AUGAGGCUCCAGCUGGAGAAGCAGCUCCUCUUCCUCUCCCUUCUCUGUAUUUUCUGUAAGGUGUGUGCCCAGCUGUGCAGCAGACCAUGCUACUGCCCCUGGGUGCCACCCCGCUGCCCCCGUGGGUCUCCCCUGGUCCUGGAUGGUUGUGGCUGCUGUCAGAUCUGUGCCCGGCGCCUGGGAGAGCACUGUGACUUCCUCCACGUCUGCGACCAGAGCCAGGGCCUCAUCUGCGACUACCGCAUGGCAUCUGCAGGGACAGGAGCCACCUGCAACUUCGAAGACAGCGAGGAGGGUUGUGAGGUGCACGGCCGGGUCUAUAGAGACGGGGAGGUUUUCCAGCCCAGCUGCAAACUGCAGUGCCGCUGCCUGGACGGGGGCUUCACCUGCGUCCCGCUCUGCCAGGAGGAUGUCCGGCUGCCCACCCCUGACUGCCCUUACCCACGGCGCGUGGAGAUCCCAGGCAAGUGCUGCCCCGAGUGGAUCUGUGAUGCCCGGGACCAGCAUCUCCGUCGGGAUGCCGUGGCAGCCCCCGGGGCAGCAUCCUCGCUUCUGUCAUACCUCUGCCAGGAGUGGAGCACAGAAUGGAGUGCCUGCUCCGUCUCCUGUGGCGUGGGCUUCUCCACCCGGGUCUCCAACCAGAAUCGGUACUGCAGGAUGGAGACUCAGAGGCGGCUCUGCAUGGCCAGACCCUGCCCAGCUCUGCCUGCAGCAUUCCCAGUGAGAGGAAGAGAAGGUCAUUUGUAGCCAUGCCCACCUCAGUCACAUCCCACUGCCAAUGCCUCAUCCCAGCAAAGAGUCUGGCACAAGCCCAUAACAUUGUGAUUUCAGUCGAGAUGGAGGAUAUGUUCCUUGGGUCAGAACUGUUGGACUUCAGCUGCAAACGAGAGUGGAAAUGGAAAACAGGAUCCCUGUGCCACCCAGCACCUGCCUGCUCUGUGCAUGUGGCUGCCUUGGGAGGGGUUACUGGGCAGCAUCCCAGAAUUUCCUAGGCUGAGUGAAAUGGAAAACGGAGAAAUUCUGCCCCUGCUAUGAACCCAUUCAAGCAACCAGGAAUUUGCUCUUCUCUGGAAGGGCAAAAGAGGUGAUGCUGUUCCUCUACCACAUCAUGCAUGCAGUGUAGGGGGCUGUGAGAGAGACCAUCUGGAAGACUGAAUCCUCAGAGGGAGCCCUCCAACCCUGGUACCUGGGGAAGGAGCAGGCACAUCAGGCUGCACACCGCAGGUCACCACCGUGCCAGGCUGAGCAAAUCAGCCGCGUUCAGCCAACCCACGGUAUCCAUCCUGCAUUCCAGCAGCCACAUUGCUGGGCAAGGGCAGAGGCAUCCUCCUCGACGGCAGCUUUAAUUCACCUUCCCUGCAUCCCUCCAGAACAAACACGAACUCUCCCUCUCCUCCUCCCGGGCAAGGCGCUGGCGGUUUGGCCGGGCUGGGGAGCGCAGCGCCGCCGGCAUUCCGCCCGCCGCUCAAGCGACGCCCGCCGCGGAGCGGGGAAAAGGAGGAAAGGAAGCCCAAAGACGAGUCGGGCUGGUGCCCGACGGGCUGCAGCUGCUCCAGCGCUGUCGGCUCGGCAGCUCUGCCUUUACUUUCUCGCAGCGAUGAGAAAACCUCCCUGGUCGCAGAAAAACGAGACCCGAAAGUCCUCUAACGGCCUGGCACAGCGUGCAGAGGGGACACGCGUCCCGCGGCGGGACCAGGACCACAGGCAAGGAGCAGCGGUUUAGGUGAUGUGUGCGGGGGAUGGACAGGUCAGGUGUGCAUUUGUGGAACAGCAAAUAAAGAUUUGCUCAUGGA